AUGGAGCUCACUUCAUUGGCCUUUCAAAAGAAUUGGGAUACAGAUAUAAUCUUUGGUGCUCUCUCUUUCACAAUUCACACCACUGACCUACCAGCGUUCAAGCCAUUUGUUGAGCGCAUCAAUCCCUCCAGGACAAAAGGAGACAGUUUUAUCAGAGACUUCUGGCAGCAGGCUUUUGGCUGUGUAUUCUCAAAUACUGUUUUGGAGAGGGUAGAUGGAUACAUUUGUACUGGUGAUGAGAAACUGCAGAACCUUCCUGGAACUUUUUUUGAAGUGAGCAUGACUGGUCACAGUUACAACAUCUACAACGCUGUCUAUGCUGUGGCCCACGCUUUGCAUGCCAUGGCCUUGUCUAGAGUAAAGCACAGUGCAAUAGUGGAUGGAAGGGUUUUGAAGCUUCAGAAUCUUCAGAUGUGGCAGCUCCAUCAAUUUUUGAGAAGUGUCUCAUUUAACAACAGUGCUGGGAACAGGAUUUCUUUUGACCAUAAUUUGGAAUUAUUAGCAGAAUUUGAUGUUAUCAAUUGGAUAGUUUCCUCAAAUCAAACCUUUCACAGAGUGAAAAUUGGGACUGUGGAUCCUGACAGUCCUUCAGACCGAGUGCUGACCAUAAAUGAAGAUGCCAUCACAUGGCACAAGUGGUUUAACCAGGCACAGCCUGUUUCUGUCUGUACAGAGAGUUGCCAUCCUGGUUUUAGGAAGAAAGGGAGGGAGUCGGAGGCAUCUUGCUGCUAUGAUUGCAUCCCUUGCCCAGAAGGAGAGAUUUCCAACCAGAGAGACAUGAAUGACUGCAUUAAAUGUGCUGAUGAGAAGUAUCCAAGCAAAAGUCAGGAUUUAUGUAUUCCUAAGUCCGUAACCUAUUUGUCAUAUGGGGGACUGCUAGGACUUGGCUUAACCUGUUUUGCUCUAGCCUUUUCUUUCACCACUGCUCUGGUGCUAGGAAUAUUUAUAAAACACCAUGACACUCCCAUCGUCAAAGCCAACAACCAGAACCUCACCUAUACUCUCCUAAUCUCUCUCCUGCUCUGCUUCCUUUGUGCACUGCUAUUCAUUGGGAAACCGCAGAAGAUGAUGUGUCUCCUCCGACAAACUGCUUUUGGCGUCAUCUUCUCUGUGGCUGUUUCUUGUGUGUUGGCCAAAACUACCACAGUGGUCCUGGCUUUCAUAGCCACCAAACCUGGAUCUAGGAUGAGGAAAUGGGUAGGGAAGAGGCUAGCUAACUCCAUUGUGCUUUUCUGCUCUGUUAUUCAAACUGGUAUCUGUGCAGUAUGGUUGGCAACCUCUCCCCCCUUCCCAGAUGUGGACAUGCACUCAGUGACUAAAGAAGUUGUCUUGGAAUGUAAUGAAGGGUCUGUGACUAUGUUUUACAGUGCCCUGAGCUACAUGGGCUUCCUGGCAAUUGCCAGCUUCACUGUGGCCUUUUUUGCCAGGAAGUUGCCUGACACUUUCAAUGAAGCAAAGUUCAUCACUUUCAGCAUGUUGGUCUUUUGCAGUGUUUGGUUGUCCUUUGUUCCAACCUACUUAAGCACCAAGGGAAAAUACAUGGUUGCUGUGGAGAUCUUCUCCAUCUUAGCCUCCAGCAUUGGAUUGCUAGGUUGUAUCUUUUUUCCAAAAUGUUACAUUAUUCUGUUGAGGUCUGAGCUGAACAACAAGGAACAUCUAAUGAAGAGGAAAGGCAGAAUGAUUUGA